UCACGCUGCUGACGGCUUCCGCUUUUUAACCUAGUCCUGUGUAUGUCUUCUGAAUACUGCUGCCUCCACCGCCACCCUGCGCCAUGUGCCACUUUCGGGUCUCCUCACACUGCUGCCAGGUCCAUACUGAUUCAUGGCCCCCUGCCUCUGUAUGGCCUUCAAUUUAAGCUGCUUACGCUUCGCCACUCUGCCAUGGGCCCCUGUACCGCCUCCUCUUGCUGCUGCUGCCAGGUCCAGAGUGUGUCAUGGGUCCCUGUACGGCCUCCCAUUGCUGCUGUCUCCAUCGCCAGACUCUGCCAUGUGCCACUUUCAGGUCUCCUUACACUGUUGGUGGGUUCCAUUUUGUGAUAGGGUGCUGUAUGGCCUUCCAUUGCUGCUGCCUCCACCGCCACCCUGCGCCAUGUGCCUCUG